CCACAGUGACUCUCUCUCUCUCUGGUUCUUCUCUCUCACUGACGCCUCGCGCUCGGUUCAGUCGCCGCUCACGAGACAUUUUCUCGCGGAGGUUUUUUGAGCGUUUUUACGCGCAGCAGCAGCAGCAGCAGCAGCAGAAGCGGGAAACGGGCGCAGUAGACUGUGCGCGCGCUAUUGUUGUUGUUUAUUUCGCUGUUUGUUUGCAGCAGAAUCAUCAGCAGCAGAAUCAUCAGCAGCAGUUGCUGUAUUUCCACUUUUCCCGAGCCGGAGCUGCUGAUUCGCGCUGUAAGCAGCGGAGACCCGGAGCUCCUGACCCGGACUGUGGCUGCUCUUCUCCCCGCAGCUGUGGAACAUUUGUUCAGCCUCAGUUUUCUCCUGUUCCUGAUUUUUUUUUAUUUUUUUUUUCCCUUUUGCUUCCUCGCAUCAUCUCAUCUGUGGGAAACUGAGUUGGAGAAAGUGUCCUCGCGCUGCGUGGACGGGACUUAAACCGUGGGAAUCAAAAACUGUGGAUUUUCACUCCAAAAACUCUGGAGAUUUAAGAGUUUUUGAGCAAAAAGGAAAUAUUUAAUCACGCAGAAGUUCCACGGGAGGAGCAGGGAAGAACACCUGUGCGGGAGUAAAGUGAGCAGACGUCGUUACGUUGUUACUGUAACACGGAAAACAACGUUCGCUUUGAAAAAUGCCGCAGAUGGAAAUGAUCUUCAUCCUCCUCUUCCUCCUCGUUGGUGUGUGCGUGUUCGCUCAGGACCCGGCGUCCAAGGUGGUGUCCGACCGGUACGCCGUCUUCUGGAACCGGACCAACCCCAAGUUCUACCGGGGCGAUUACCACAUCGACGUCUGCAUCAACGACUACCUGGACGUGUACUGUCCGCACUACACCGGCCCGGUUGCCGACGACAGGGCCGAGCGCUACGUCCUCUACAUGGUCAACUAUGACGGCUACAGCUCCUGCGAUCACACGGCCAAGGGCUUCAAACGCUGGGAGUGCAACCGGCCUCUGUCGCCGAACGGGCCGCUGAAGUUCUCGGAGAAGUUCCAGCUCUUCACUCCCUUCUCCCUGGGCUUUGAGUUCCGUCCCGGCAGAGAGUACUAUUAUAUCUCGUCCAUCACCGACAACAAGGGACGAAGGAGCUGCCUGCGACUCAAAGUCUUCGUCAGGCCUCAGAACAAUUGUGUGAAAAGCACCGGGAGCUCAGUUCAGGAAGGAGUCGACUUUGAAGACAACAGCCACAACUCACUAGAACCCAGAGACGGCAUCAGCCACGAGUCGCCGGAGCCGUCUCGGAGGGACGUGAACGCCGCCACUCGGCGCCACACCCCCGUCCUCCUGCUCAGCUCCGCCCUCAUACUCCUGGCUGCCAUCUUGUCGUUAUAGCACCUGGUUUCUGAGGAAACGCCCCCUGAUCCCUCCCCCGUUCUGCCAGGAAUGGACUGUCCUGAUUGGACUGCAAGGCCCACCCCCUUUUACCCUCCGACCCCACCUCCCCCUGAAGGAGCACUUUUCAAAAAGAUCGUUUAAAAAAAAAAAAAA